GGUCCUGAAGAGUACAAAACUUUUGUUUGGGUGAUCAAACAGGUCCUCACAAAGUGCUGACACUACUAUCUUGCAGGGAGGUAGAGAAAACAGAUUAGAAACAUACCAUAAACGUUUCUAAUAUCAGAAACUGUGGGGAACAUCUUUGAAGAGAACUUCUGUCACGAUGGCAUCAUCCUGUCUACAGAUCUGUGCAUUGCUGCUGGCUUUAGCAGGAUUCACUACAUUACUUGUUACCACCAUGUCCAGCAGCUGGAAAGUUUUGGACUCCACAACAGAGCUGGUCUCUGCAGACUGGGUUUCUGAAGGUCUUUGGAUGGACUGUGCAGCAACUGCUGUUGGAUCAGUUCAGUGCAAGAAAUUUCUCUACAUGCUGAGUUCAGACCCUCACGUUCAGGCAUGCCGUGCCCUGAUGAUUACUUCCAUCCUUUUGGGAUUCUUAGCUGCAGUACUCACACUGCUUGGCAUGAAGUGCACAAACAUUGGGUUGAGUGAUGAAGAUGGAAAAAUGAAGUUUACUGUCACAGGAGGAUUUCUUUUUGUUUUAGGAGGUAAUAUUGACACUGAAAUGAGAGGACUAUUGAUACUUUGUAUGGCUUUCACAGCCAGACUAAAUGAAAUAAACAUUCUUGUUUUAAAUCUGUUACAGCCCUUAAUGGAAUCAUUGACCUGUGUGCUUUUUAAACUUUUUCUGGUAGGUCUCUGCUCCAUGGUGGCUAUUUCUUGGUAUGCUGCAAUGGUUACUGCUCAGUUUUUUGACCAACUGUACGCUGGAACCAAGUAUGAACUAGGAGAAGGUCUGUACUUAGGCUGGACUGGAUCUGUCCUUUAUAUACUUGGUGGGAUCCUACUGACCUGUUCCUGCAGAGGGAAGGAAAAACAGAAUUACAGUCCCAAGAACUAUGCAUACUCAGCAGCCCAGGGACCUUCUCAGCCACGCAUGUACCCCAGGAACUCUGAGACUAUCAUAAGCAACAAGGAAUAUGUCUGAGCUCCCACCCUGCAUCACCUGUAGUGUCAGUGGCUUAUGAACUCCAGUAAGGAAGUGAAUGAACUACUUCUUUAUUCUGGUUCCAAGCUGCAAUCCUAUGCCUUAGUUUGGAGCAGUACCAGGAGGAGGUAUGGCUUUCAAUGUAAAUAGCAAUGGUUUUCAGAUGUAAAUAGCUUUCUACAGAAGAUGCUGUGAUGUGAAAUCCUGUGCCAUGAAGGUUUCUGCAUGCUGAGAAGCCUGGUAAAAUUUAACUGGAGGGCAGUAUAUGCUGACACUCAAGAGCAAUGGUUCCUAUUUCAGCUGACUCAAACAUGUGGAACUGAUAGCUGUAUCUGACUGCAAGUUCAUAUGCCUCACAGUUAGAAAUGUGUUUUGUUUUCAUUAAUGUUUAGCUUCCUUCUUUUGUUUAGCAGCUUAAGCUUUUGACAAGAAAUAAACUUUGUUCCACAGACAAACAGA